AUGGUGUUGCCGUUGAUGAAACUUGGUACCCUCUUGGUCAAAACCAUAAGUAAACCAUUGGCAAAUCAGCUCAAGCAUCAAGCCAAGGUUCAUCCCAAGUUUCGACAAUCCAUCAUCAACUUUGCUCAGAGAAAUCAUCGAAUCACGACGCAAAUGCAAAGACGGAUAUAUGGUCAUGCCACUGAUGUAGAGAUUCGUCCUUUAGACGAGGAAAAGGCUGUUCAAGCUGCUGUAGACCUCAUUGGAGAGCUUUUUCUCUUUGCGGUCGGUGGAGCUGUUGUUGUUUUUGAGGUGCAGAGAAGUUCGCGAUCAGAAGCAAGAAAAGAGGAAGCACGUAAGCAAGAAUUAGAGUUGAGACAACAACCUGCUACAACGGGCAGCGAGAAAGCAACAAAAUCCAGUUGA